GGAAGUGCGGACGUUCCUGAGCAGUGUAGUGUGGGCCCCAGCCUGCUAUAACCGGCUCUAAGACAAGUAAACUGUCCAAAAACAGAAGUGGAUGUAAGUCUACCACAUCACACGUAACCAAGACAACUGACAAGCAGCGGACUGACAAUGGGAGCCAACAACAGCACCCGCCGCGUGUCGUUUGAGUCAGACGAGAACGAGAAUAUAACAGUGGUGAAGGGCAUACGGCUUUCCGAGAAUGUCAUCAAGCGCAUGAGGGAACCCGCAGAACUGCAACAGCAACAACAUGCUCCCACUCCACCACCAUCCACGGCACCUCCCCUCGCUCCUUCUCCUCCUCUGCGGCCAGUCCCUCCCCUCUUUGACCCGAUCACCUCCUUGCCUCCUCCCCCUCCUCUUGUAGAACCUGUUGCACCUCCAGCUCCUCCUCCAGUUCCAUCUGCCACAGAGACUGUGGCUGCAUCUUCACCACCUCCUCCUCCUCCUCCUCCUCCUCCAGCAGAACAGCCCACAGUGGAACCAGUAGCACCUGCUCCUGAGCCAGUGGCGGUACCUGAGUCCAGUCCAGUCCCACCACUUGCUGCGGCACCACCAGUGGAUGAGGAGGCCCUGAGGAAGAAGAUCACUGAUGAGCUGUAUAAAGGCUUGGAGCAAGACAGGGCCAAGGCAGAGCAAGAACUGCAAGCCUGGUUAGACGCAUGCACACAAAUGCACAAAGACACACACACACACACACUUUUACUCUGGAAUGGGAAAGUAGUUUUUGUUUACAGCCUUGGUCAAAUCAGUUUGGUGUUGCCAAGGGGCUUUUUAAUUUCAGAGGUAAACUGAUCGGUGUAAUUUGGAGUUAAAAUCUGAAAGGCUGAAUUUUCGGUUUUCCCUCUGCGGUGUGUAUUUUUGUCUGUCCUUUUCUUUACCCCUCAUCUCCUUGUUCCUUCCUCCUGUCUCAUCAUAACAGCCUGGAUUGGGGGGUGCUACAGGUACUACAGUGCCCAUUCCUGCUCCAGAUUUUUAUAAGAAACGGAAGA